AUGCCCGUAAGGUCUGCAAGGAAAAAGUGGUUGACUGUCAACAUCCGGUCGGCGGGGUAUAGUUGUGGCUGUACAGCUUGGCUCUCAGCGAAUGGAUCGAAUGAUAAUAUCCUUCCUAACACUCGUGGCAUCAAUGUCGCCGUCGUUGGCACUACCCUUUUGGGCGACGACCUAGUCUUCUCGCAGGUAGAUGCGUUUGACACCCACGCGUCAGAAAGCGAAUCAGGGCGUUUUGUCUCCUGGGUGGAUGGACUCCCAGAAGGAACAUGCGUCGUGGUGGUAAUCAAAGAUGAAGCCUCGGGUCAUUUGACCGAUGAGGCGAGAAAGAGUCUUGAGCUUCUUGGGUCCAAACUUGUCCAUUCACUUUUCUGGAGGCAAUCGUUUUUGAUGGUGGGUCGUAAGGGAGCCACCCCUGGAUCCGUUCUGGAACGCCACAGUGAAUUGUACUACAUCGAUGUUAAACAUACAUGGCACAUGCUUGAACUGUCGCCCGAAGCUCCAUUCUCUACUCGCACUGACGUGAAGACUGGAUUUAUCUCCGUUUUGUCAGACUGCAGUGUGGCUUCGAUCUUGGUCGGUGGAAACUACGUCCGGCCGUGCUCCCGUGGCAUCAACGUUUGUGAAGUUGACUUUGACGUCCGUGAAGACAGUCUUUGGAAAAUGCGGGUGAAGGCGUUGCAGUCCUUCGAUACUCUUUCCGAUGCAGCGGCAGCUGAUUCCUUUGCCGAGUAUGUGGACAACCUCCCUGUCGGCCAAGACGUUAUCUUGGUGUUGCAAGACGAAGCAGCGGAUAGCCUAACGGAGCGGGCCAAGCUGGCCGCUGAACACCUAGGAUCAAGUUGCGUUCGGUCGUUGGGCAGUCACGACUCUUGGAUACUCGUGGGCUACAAAGGAGCCCAUCGUGGUAGCGUCCCGGAGCUUCAUUGCAAUGCUCUUUAG